AUGCCAGAUCGCGAACACCGCACCUCGUCGAACGACUACACCCGCGACGAGAAGCACCGCGACAGCGGUGAAGACAAGCAGGAGAACAUCCGCCUCCAGGUCCAUUACCCAGAUGACCUCGGCGAAGGCCUGGCUCCCUCCUACAAGGCUGCUCUCCCGAUAGAGCGCAGCGACUCGGGUGGACUAGUCACCAUCUCCUCCCGUGCUUCAUCCAUCGCCGGAACCGAUGGCGAUGAAAGCGAGGACUACGACUGGUCCGGGGAGGAGGAUCUGGUCAACGAGGAGGCCAAGUUCGAGCAAAAAAUGGGUCUGAAGCCCAAGCCCGAGGGCUGGGGCCCAAAGAGGGUUGCUACCUUCCUCUUCUCGACUCUCAUAGGCUCCGUCUUCGUCUCAUCUCUGCUGGUUGCUGGUCCCAUUCUGGUCCACUUCCUUUGGUAUGUUCCGCACAAGACGGCCCACCGCCGCUAUGUCCUCGAUAACGUCGAAGCCUGGCUCUUCUGGGCCGCUGCCAACUUGCUCAUCUCCUGGUUCCUCGGCUUCAUCAUCGACAUCGUUCCCGUUGUCGUUCGCGGCUUCAUAUCAUUUGUUUGGGGCCACGUCUCAGAGUACGUCAAGAGUCGUAUCGAGAUGUACAACAGUAUCAAGGAUACCGCCAAGCCUGUGUUUUAUGCAGCCAGUGGAUGGGUCAGCUGGGUGAUCAUCUUCGGGGGCAUAUACAAACUGUACGACGCCCACAAUCCCAGCGACAGUCGGGCCUCAUACACACAGCGGGUCUUUGAAGUGGUCGAAUUCCUCUUUUUCUUCGCGCUGGUCAUUUCCGCCUCACGUAUGAUCUCACAUUUCAUCGCCUUCGCCUUCCACCGCACUGCUUACAAGGAACGCCUCGACACUCUUACCGAAGCGUUGAAGGUCAUCGAGGUCCUCCGUAACUAUCGUCCAGCCCGCGCGUCGUACCGCGCAUCGCGUCAAAUCGGCCGCGGCUUCGGUCUCUUCACCCCGUUCGGGGAGAAGCAGCCGAACGGUUACUUCUCAUCCCGUUCCUCAACACCCGAGCGGCUUGGCGGGAACGGCGAUGGCGAUUCUCCGGCUGGUGCGAAAAAGGGCAAGGGCAAGCAGGCUUCGCGGCAGGCCCAUUCCAAGUCGCCGUCCGCCUCGCGUGCGGUCUCGCCCUCGCCUCUCGCGCACGGUGCAACCGGCUCGCCCCACACGUACCCCCCGGGCACCUCUCCGAGGCGAUCGGUGGAAGACGAGGACCCGAAGGUCGCGAUACGUGCCGCCAAAGCGCUCAAGUCGGCCGUACUGCACGAUGCGCGAAACAUCAAGGGCAAGGGUAGCGAGCUCACCGGGCUCGUUUGGGACGUCACCUCCGCGCACGAAGCCAAACGACUUGCACGCGCUAUCUACAACGCGUUCCGGCCGCCCAACGGUGGGCGCAAGUACUUGCUUCCCGUUGACUUCCACCCGGCCUUCAAGACCCCGCAGGAGGCCGAAGCAGCAUUCAGGGUGUUCGACAAGGACAACAACGGAGACAUCUCCCGCGCCGAGAUCAAGACCACGCUCCUGCAAGUGUACAAGGAACGCAGAUUCCUCAGCCGGAGUAUGCGCGACGUGGGGCAAGCGCUCAAGACCCUGGACCAAAUCAUCUUAUUCUUCGCCCUCGUCAUCCUCUUCUUUAUCUCGCUGUCAGUAUUCGGAGUGAACGUGGGCAGCAGCUUGACGAGUGUAUACACCCUUGGUAUCGGCCUCAGCUUCAUCUUUAAGAAUUCGGCCAGUAACGCCUUCGACGCGGUCAUGUUCUUGUUUGUGACGCAUCCAUUCGAUACGGGAGACCGCUGCUUCAUCGAUGACGAGAACUUGGUGGUGAAGAAGAUGGGCCUGUUCGCAACCGUCUUCACGCGCGCAGACGGCAGCGAGACAUAUUACUUCAACAGUCUCCUCUUCACCAAAUUCAUUACGAACCUCCGUCGAAGCGGCAACACGUUCGAGAACUUGACGAUGCAGGUUGCAUGGAACACGCCAAUGUGGAAGUUGGACGCACUCGAGAAGGAGAUUAACGAGUGGCUUGAGACGGAAGAGAACCGGUGGUUCGUACCCAACACGAGUAUAACCCCGCAGAAGAUCGAAAACCAGCGGUAUCUGGAGGUCACGAUUGGUAUCGGGCAUAAUGGGACAUGGCAAGAUUGGGGCCUCCGCAUGGCGCGGAAGACUGCCUUCCAUGCCGCUGUGCAACAUUAUUGCAAGCAGCUCGGCAUCACGUGCUACGACAGUGCCAAACCAAUCGUCUGGGCCGACACCGACAAUGCCUCGUACGCUCUGCAGACUCCACCUGCUGUCGGAAACGACACGAGCCCUGGCGCUGUACCUCCCUCGCCGGGCAGCAGGAACGGCGCUGGUGCUGGAGGCGAGGGCGACUACGAGAUCAAGUCGUUCAACACUCCCGUGCUCGGCUUCUUACCUCCGCAGAACGAGCGCAACGCCGUCCGAGUGCGGAAGAGCAAGAGCAGGAAGGCGGCGCAGCAGCAGCGCAAUGCGAUUGGUGGUGGCGAUGGCUGA